AUGUUAAAAACAGUGAUUAUUAAAUUCAAUGUCUAUAAUCUCUUAAAUAACAAAUAAUCUUAGUUAUUUUAAAAAGGCAUGUUUUGAUAUGGUGGAUUAGACCGUAUUUAUCUCUCGUCACGUCAUUGGGCACCAGUUAAUCCCAGCAUGGUAUAUCACUCCGAUGAAUUCUCUCGAGGAAAAACAGGAGGCAACGGAUAUUAAGUCGACGGCCUAUUUCUGUCGUGAGAGCUAUGAAUAAGAAAGCGACGUUCCAAUCUAUCAACUGCAUGCCCAGCCAUUGCGCUGUCCAUGGUGAUGAAAAUGUGCGCUCACACCAACAUUCCAUCGUGGACUACAACAGCAGUGACAACGACCGGUCAACUGUCCUAAACAGAGAUGUGGUACUGGGUUCAGUGGAUUCACCGUGUCAGAACGGGCCGAGGAAGUCCCGAGCUUUACGGUUGAGUAUCAAUGCGCGGGAACGAAAGCGGAUGCACGACCUGAAUGAUGCCCUGGAUGAGUUGAGGUCCGUGAUCCCGCACACGCCCAGUCCCACAGUGAGAAGACUGCCUAAGAUCGCCACGCUUCUCUUGGCGAAAAAUUACAUCUUGAUGCAAGAGCAGGCUAUAGAGGAGAUGAAGAAACUACUUGGAAACCAACAUGCGACACCUAGCAUUAAUCCAGUUUGGACAGGACUCCCCUUCGUAAGGCAAUUAUCUGGAUACUCUCAAGACGUUUUGCCAGUCGUGCUAUGACUGACAGAUGUGGGUUCAGGCCUGUACAUUGACUAUUUGGGCCCAUGUCAAAUGUGUUUACUUGAUCUUUAUCACAAUACACUUCGUUUAAGAAAUAAAAGCCUAGUCUUCAGCAAACAUUACUUUGUCAUGAGUAAGCUAUAUUGACCUGUGGAACAGACUCGUUUUGUUUCUUAUUUUUUAACUUGUAUGUCUUUGUUCUUUGUUUGUGUAGCCUAAGUGUGUUGUGCAUGCUCACCUCAUCUUCUUUAGCGAGAUUGUUAGGAAUGGGCAUGUUCUUUGUAAACUUGCUUUUAACUUUGGCCUUACAACCUAAUCUAGGUUGUAAGUGAGUUUGAUAAAGGUUUUUAACCUUUUUGACAUACAAUGAUGUUGUUGAUACAU